AUGUCACCAUCGGUGCGACAGAGUCACUUCAAACUGCUGCAACAGUUCAAGCCUGACUACUCCCCGAGCGAGUUCACUGAGUAUGAGUCUCAGCGCACCGGCAUGCGGGUGGUCGUCAUCGACCAGCCCGGUCCUAAGGUCAAUGGCUACUUUGUGCUUGCUACAGAGAUCCACGAUGAUUCAGGAGCUCCCCACACCCUCGAGCAUCUCUGUUUCAUGGGUUCUCGCAACUACCGCUAUAAAGGCUUCCUUGACAAGCUGGCCACCCGAGUGUACUCAAACACCAAUGCUUGGACUGCCACAGACCACACAGCGUAUACUCUGGACACAGCCGGCUGGGAAGGCUUUGCCCGCAUCUUGCCUAUUUACCUCGAGCAUGUGAUUGCUCCCACCCUUACCGACGAAGGCUGCUAUACUGAAGUCUUCCACAUUGAUGGCACUGGAAAUGAUGCCGGUGUGGUGUAUUCUGAGAUGCAGGGCGUGCAGAACAACGCCGCUGAGCUGAUUGACCUGGCUGCACGACGCCUGACUUACCCCGAGGGCAACGGCUUCCGGUACGAGACUGGAGGUAUGAUGGAACAACUCCGUGUCUUGACUGCUGAACGAAUUCGGGAAUUCCAUCGUGAGAUGUACCAGCCCAAAAAUUUGUGCUUGGUCAUUACUGGUGAGGUGAACCAGAACAACAUGUUGGACAUUUUGGACAAGUUUGAAGAAACCAUCAUGGAUGUCAUUCCUAGCCCAGACGCACCAUUCAAAAGGCCUUGGACCGAUUCGAAGCAAGCCCCUGCUUUGCACAAUUCAAUCAUCGAGAGAGUUGAAUUUCCCGAAGAGGAUGAGUCCUUUGGUGAAAUUGAGAUCCGCUUCCUAGGUCCAGACUGCACCGACCCCAUCCAAUCUGGGGCUUUGAAUGUGGCCCUCUUGUACUUGGCCGGAUCAUCUGCGUCUCUGCUGGAGAAUGUCAUCGUUGAAAAGGAACAGAUUGCAAGUGCGGUCUACUAUGCUACCGAAGAUCACCCAAGCAUCGAGAUUCGUUUCACCCUGACCAGUGUUGAGACGGAGAAUCUCGAGCAGGUGGAGAAGAGAUUCUUCGAGAUCUUGCAGGACGCUAUGAAGAAAGAGUUGGACAUGAAGUACCUCAAAGAGUGCAUUGACCGCCAGCGCCGUACUUGGAAGUUUUCGACUGAAUCUUCUGCCUCAUCCUUCGCGGAGUACGUCAUUUCGGACUUUUUGUUCGGAAAGCGAGAUGGCUCAACCAUGCGGGACGUCGCUUCUCUCAAGGAGUACGACGUCCUCGAGAACUGGAAAGAGGAUGAGUGGCGUUCAUUCAUAAAGAAGUGGAUCGCUGAUGCUCCUCACGUUUCCAUCCUGGGCGUCCCAUCCCAGAAGCUGUCUGAUAAGCUAAAGAAUGACGAGGAAGCUCGUGUUGCUGCUCAGAAGGAGCGUCUUGGCGAGAAGGGCUUGAAGGAGCUCGCUGACAAGCUUGAAAAGGCAAAGGCCGAGAACGACAAGGAGAUUCCGAAAGAGUUGCUGGCCGCGUUCAAGAUUCCCGGCGCAGAAUCCAUUCACUUCAUGGACACUACCACGGCCCUGUCAGGCGCUGCUCUGAAGGCUGGACGCCCCAACCACAAGAUCCAAAAGAUCAUUGAUGCCGAUGAUUCGAGCCUGCCUCUUUUCAUUCACUUCGAGCACAUUCCCAGCAGUUUCGUGCAGAUGUCUGUUCUCAUAUCUGCUCAGUCUGUUCCCAUCCAACUGCGUCCUUUGCUAUCCGUGUACACUGAGGCAUUCUUCAACAUCCCAGUCCAGCGUGACGGCAAGACAAUCGACUUCGAGCAAGUGGUUGUGGAGCUUGAGAAGGAUACUGUUGGAUAUUUCAUGGAGAAUGCUCGGGCUCUUGGAAACUCCGAGAUGCUGCGCGUCUCCUUCCAGGUUGAGCGUGAGAAGUACGAGACUGCUAUCGCUUGGAUUCAGGAGAUUACCUGGAAUUCCAUCUUCGAUGUUGAGAGACUCCGGGCUAUCACCUCCCGGCUUCUGGCCGAUGUUCCUGACUCUAAGCGCAGCGGUGAGGACAUGCUUGCCGCCGUGCAUGUCAUGAUUCACUAUGCGGAGGAGUCAAUCACUCGGGCUCGAUCCACCUUGGUCAAGGCACGCUACCUCAAGCGCGUCAAGCGUCUGCUUGCUGAGAAGCCCGAGGAGAUCGUCAGCCGCAUGGAGGAGAUCCGCCAGUCGCUCUUCCAACCCGAUAACAUUAGAGUCGUCGUGUUUGCCGAUCUGGAGAAGCUAACCAACCCUGUCUCGGCUUGGAAGCCUUUCGCUGAGCGUCUGGGCACCAGCGCCGACUUGAAGCCCAUUACCAAGCGGCGCAACCUGCUGAGCGAUGCUGGCAAGAACCUUGGUGGCAAGUCUUUCAUCGUCCCUAUGCCUACGGUCGACUCCUCUUUCGCCUACGCUACUGCCCGAGGCCUGGACUCAUAUGACCACCCCAAGCUGCCCGCAGCGAUGGUGGCUAUUGCAUACAUGAAUGCAGUUGAAGGUCCCCUCUGGGUCGCAGUCCGCGGCAAGGGCCUGGCAUACGGUACCAAUUUCGCUUAUAACAUUGAUACCGGCGUUGUCAACUUCGACGUGUACCGGUCUCCCAAUGCCCACAAGGCCUUCCAGUCCAGUAAGCAGAUCGUUGAGGAUCACCUGUCUGGAGCUUCGCCGUUCGACCCUCUCAUGCUGGAGGGCGCUAUCAGCAGCAUUGUGGUCGGCUACGCCAACGAGCAGAUGACCGCUGCUAUGGCGGCACAGGGUAGCUUCAUUCGCCAGGUCGUGCGGAACCUGCCUGCCGAUUAUAAGGAGAAGAUGCUCAAGAAGGUGCGGGAUAUCAGUGUCGACGAGAUCAAGGGUGCUCUCCGCGAGAUUCUCCUGCCGCUCUUUGAUCCCAAGACGGCUAACCUUGUUGUCACCUGUGGCACUGUUCUGGAAGAGCCUCUUAAGCAAGGCUUCGAGUCCUACGGCUUCACCCCGAAGGUCCAGGCCCUCAAGGAAUUCGAGGAUGACUACGGGCUGAAGCUCGACGGAGACGAGGAAGAGGAUGAUGAUGACGAAGACGAGGAAGACGAGGAAGACGAAAGCGGCUCCGAGGGGGAGGAAAGCGACGAGGAAAUGGACGAGUAA